GUCUGACUGAGAGACGAAGAGAGAAGUGCAGGCUUGAGGGCACAAAAAGCUCAAACUUUAUAUUUCAUGGAUUUUUUUUUAUUCCUGUCACAAAAGUGGAAUUACUGGACAGGCACUCUCGCUCAUGAUUCACCGAUGAAUGGAACAGUUUGAACCAUCCUUUCUGCUUUCUUUGUCGAGAUCUGCACAGAAAACUAAGUGAUGGAGCACCAGAGAGCAAGUUUCCAGAGUUUAAAUCUACUUUGCUCUUAAAUAUGAGUUUUUGUUUUGAUCGACUAUAAAAAAAACAAAAAAAAAAACACGUCUCAGUCUGUUGGAGGAUUACAGCCUGUCAGCUAUUUUGGUUCCUGUCUUGCUUUCACUAUUUUGUGAAAGGAGAUGUAAAAAGGAAGGAAGGGGAGAGCGAGAGAGAGAACGACGUAGAGAGGAGGGGAAAGAGACGUAUAUAGUUUGAGCGUCUCUGCAAGUGUCAGUUGUUUUCUGAGGAAGCUGAGAAGAUCUGCACAUGUGCAGGUACAAGUGACUCCCACCAAUGACUCUUCUUCUCUUUGGUCGCAGAAGAAGUGAAGAGACAACAUGGUUCGGUGGUUCCACAGAGACAUCACAGGCCUGCAGGCCGAGGAAAUGCUGAAGACUCGAGGCAUUCAUGGCAGCUUUUUGGCUCGACCCAGCAAGAGAAACGUAGGAGAUUUCUCCCUGUCUGUCAGGGUGGGCGAGCUGGUGACCCACAUCCGGAUCCAAAACACAGGAGACUUCUACGACCUGUAUGGCGGAGAGAAGUUUGCCACCCUGUCAGAGCUGGUGGAGUACUACACGGCUGAGAACGGCAUCCUGCAGGACAAGGACGGCACCGUCAUCGAGCUUAAAUACCCCCUCAACUGCUCCGACCCCACCACUGAGAGGUGGUACCAUGGUCACCUGUCUGGGCCCAAUGCAGAGAAGCUGCUCGGUGCACGAGAUGAGUCGGGGACCUUCCUGGUCAGAGAGUCGCUGUCCAAACCAGGAGACUUUGUCCUGUCAGUUCUGACAGACGAGAUGAGCAAAACUGGAAAAAAGAGGGUCUCCCACAUCAAGAUAAUGUGUCAGAAUGACAGGUAUACAGUGGGAGGUUCAGAGAUGUUUGACACGCUGACAGACCUGGUGGACUUCUACAAACGCAAAGGCAUCGAGGAGAUCUCUGGGAACUGGGUGUAUCUCAAACAGCCGUACUACUCCACCAGAGUGAAUGCAGCAGAUAUCGACAGCAGAGUGCAGCUGCUGGAUCAGACCACACAGCAGCAGCAGGACGGCGAGGGAGAGAAGAGCAAGGCCGGCUUCUGGGAAGAGUUUGACGCUCUUCAAAAGUUUGAGGCAAAGAUGAAAAAGAGCAGAGAGGAAGGCCAGAGGCCUGAAAAUAAGAGCAAAAACAGAUACAAGAAUAUUCUUCCUUUCAAUGACACCAGGGUCAUCCUGCAGGACAGUGAUCCUGACACUGUGGGUUCAGAUUACAUAAACGCCAACUACGUGAGAAACACCCUGCGGGAGUCUGAAGAUCAGAAAGUUUACAUCGCAACCCAGGGGUGCCUAGCAACAACUGUCAACGAUUUCUGGCAGAUGGUAUGGCAGGAGAACACGAGGGUGAUCGUCAUGACAACACGAGAGGUCGAGAAAGGGCGGAAUAAAUGUGUGCCAUACUGGCCCGACCUUCAGAGCUCCAAGGAGAUGGGUCCGUACGUGGUGACAUUUAAUUCAGAGAGGGAAGCUGCUGAUUACAAAAUCAGAGUUUUGGAGAUCGCUCCUGUGGACAAGCCAAAACUAUCUCGAACCAUCUGGCACUACCAGUACAUGAGCUGGCCUGACCACGGCGUCCCUCAGGAGCCAGGUGCUGUCCUCAGCUUCCUCAGUCAAGUGAACAAUAAACAGGCUGAGUGUCCUGACGCUGGACCCAUGAUCAUCCACUGCAGUGCUGGAAUUGGUCGAACAGGCACGAUUGUGGUGAUCGACAUGAUCAUCGAGACCAUUGACACUUUAGGUCUGGACUGUGAUCUUGACAUCCCGAAAUACAUCCAGAUGGUGCGUGAGCAGCGCUCUGGCAUGGUGCAGACAGAGGCCCAGUACAAGUUCAUCUACCUGUCUGUGUCUGAGUACAUACAGACUACCAAGGCCAAAGACAGUGCCUCCAUGGAAACCGAGACAGAGUAUGGAAAUCUAAAACUUAAACACCAACCAGCAAGCAGGAAGGCCUCAAAAAACAAGGAGGACGUUUACGAGAAUCUGUCAAAAGGAAAGAAAGAUGUGAAGAAGCCAAACUCAGACAAGAAAAGCGGCUCUGUGAGGAAAAGAUAGAAGAAAGUUUUAUCAAAGUAUGUCAUGUUGUUAUAUUUAUGCAGGCAGUCUUUUCUUAAAGAAUUUGUAUUUUAGUGGAGACAAAAUAAAAUUAAUGUUUGAAAUUAGAGACAAGAUAACCGGUUGACAUCUGAUGUGGCACAUGAAUCACAUGAAUUCUUGGUUGAAGCGUUUGUUAAGAAUAAAGUCAGAACAUGUGUGAACUCUU